GAAAAGUUCCAGAAGCUUAGUGAUGAACUUCUCAAACUAGACCUUAAUUCGUCAAAAAUUUUGAACGGUGUUAUACUGCUGAUCUUCGACAAAGCUUUAGAUGAACCGAAGUACUCGUCUAUGUACGCACAGCUGUGCAAGCGGAUCGAAAAAGAGUUAGAGACCGACAUUGACAAAACCAAAUCGAGCACCUUUCUGACGAUUUUGCUGAACGUGUGUCGCGAUAAGUUCGAAAAUCGAGUGCAGUACAGUGAGAAGAUCAUCAACUCGGAAAGCACCCUCACCGAUGAUCUGGAGGAGAAGAAGAAUGUCGCUAAACAGAAAAUAUUGGGCAAUGUUAAAUUUAUUGGUGAGCUGUAUAAGCUGGACAUGCUGGGCGAACCCCACCUUCACUCGAUGCUCCGCUCGCUGUUUACCAACAAGUCCAGCUCGACGACGGAAAAGAACUGCGAAGACAUGGAAUGUUUGGCCCAGCUCAUUCGGACAUGCGGAAAGAAUUUGGAUACAGAGUUGGGAAAACAGCUGAUGGAUCAGUACUUUGAGCGGAUGGAAAAAAAUUCGCUGUCGUCGAAGUUUCCUCCCCGCAUCCGGUUCAUGUUGCGUGACUUAAUUGAACUGCGCAAAAACAACUGGACACCGCGGAAGGUAGCACUGGUCGAGGGGCCGGCACCGAUACAGGAGCUGAAUCAUGACGACGAUGUACUGCCGCAAUCGUUGAACCACAUGCGCAACCGGGACCGGGACUAUCGCAAUAACGAUCGCAGCGACCAGCGCGAUUGGAUCAGCAAGUUUUCGCUCAAUUUGCAGCACAUGACCGACGGCUUCAACUUGCUCACCAGUCCUUCCUCGUUACUACCGUCCAGCUACAAUCAUUCGUCGAAUGGCUACGGAAAUCGCGAUCAUCGCGAUAAUGGUGGCGGUGGAGGUGGUGGCAACUAUCGCAUCCACAACAAUCGCAACAACCAGAGCAACUACAACAGCAAUCGCUAUAAUAAGCAUAACAACAACCAUCACCAUCAGGGUGGUGGCGGCGGUGGCGGUGGUAAUGCUGGAGGUGGCGGCGGCGGCGGCGGUGGUGGUGGUGGCGGCGGCGGCGGCGGUGGUGGUGGCGGUGGCAGUGGAGGCCACAACUCACCCUAUGGAAACCAGAACAUGAUGAACAACAAGGAUCUAGCGCCACGGUUCAAGCGAAACCUUAUGACGCCACCCCAGAACCCGGUCGAAGAGCUGCAAAUGCGUCCCACGCCGAACAGUCUGUUGUUUAAGGCGAACAUGAACAUAAAGACGCACCUUCCCAUAUCGGCCUCGAUUGGUGGUGGUGGUGGUGGAAGCAGUGGCGGUGGUAAGGUGAACUUCAAUGGCCCGCCAUUAAACGAGUUUCCCUCGCCGUUGACCGCUCGAACAUUGCUGAGCGAACAGCGCAAUGCUGCCGGCCAAAACAAUAGCGGCGGCGCGAUGGCGGCGGCCGGUGCAGGUGGCAACCAUCAUUCGACCGCUGCCGGACCGAUGGCCGGUGGUCCGAAUGAGCAUAAUAGUGUCGGUGGCGGUGGUGGUGGCAACAUGGGCUCAUCUGCCUCGGCCCAAUCGGCUUUCGGAGCCAAUCAGAUGCAGAACCCUUCGCAAACCAUGAUGAAUUCCCAGAAUGAGCCAACACAACAACCACCAGCUGCAUCAACACCCGUCACAGCUGGUGGUGGCAAUGUGCAGAAGGACCAGCAGAUGGUCAACAAGCAGGCUUCCGCGGAGACAAAAACGGAGAAGAAAAACAAGAAGGAGAAGGGACCAGGCAAGGAUGAGUAUAUGAAGCGCGUGGCUGCAUUCGUGAAUGACGUGAUGUUGAACAACAUUAAACAGCAGCUUGAGGAAGAGAAACAACAGCAGCAAACUACAGAGUCGGACAAAAUAGAGGACGUGGCCGCUGACGCGACUGUGCCAGAAAGUGUGCAACUGCCUCCGCCGACAGUGAUGGAAGUAGUGGUUGAAGUCGUCGAUAACGAUGAACCGAAAGAGCUCACCACAGCGGUUCAGGAGGAAAGCGACAAGCUCGAAGAACCGGCGACAGACAGUGUCGCACUGAUAGACGCCGAGCCGGUGGAGAAGAAAAUCGAUGAAAAUGAGUCUCUUGAGCGCAUCGAAGAACCUUCGGCAGUGGAUGCCAACGACGAAGAAAAAAUGGACGUUGGCUCCGAAACGAAGAAAGUUGACAGCAACGAAGCAACUGUUGAGGAUAACCAACCCCCGGCGCAGCAGCAGUCGCAGGAGACAACAUCACCGGACGCCGCUGCUCCUGUUGAGGUCAAGGAGGAGCAGGAAUGUUCCGCACCGAACGCUCUCAUUCCCUCUUCUAUCGCUCCGGUCGUUCCGGUCGUUCCGGUCGCCCCGGUCGCUCCUGUCAUCGACAACUCGCCCCCAGCGCCAACUGUCACCGAGCACAACAAGCAAACCCUGAUGCAGCAACUGGUGCGCGCCUUUUGCGACCUGAAGAUCCCGGAGAAGUGUAUGCGCGAUGCGGUGAUUAAAAUAUUCAACGAGGUACUCGAUCGCCCCGAUGCGUACCGCGCCAAGGCAAUCGACUUUGUGCGCGAGCUCCGGGCGGAUUUGAAACUAUCGAACAACGUCGCACUAGAUUCCUUCCGGUCGCUGGUGAACAAUAUGAGCGAGAAGGAGAAAACAAUUCCGAAGAUAACCACGAUCGUCGCAUCGCUGCUGGCUCGGGCCGUGACCGUCAAUUUGUGCAAGCUCACGGACGUUUCGAGCUUCACUGAGAACGGGCAGCACUACCCACUGUUUCUGUUGGUAUUGCAGCAUCUGCACAAGCAGCUCGACCGCCCAGCUUUACAGGAGAUGUUCAGAAAGAGCAACGUGAACCUGAUGUCCAGCUUGCCGGAAAGCGACCGUACCAAGGAUCGCAUGGCUGAGAUCCUGGAAGAUCGCAAUCUUACCUUCCUGUACCCGUUGCUGCGCGUGCAAACGGAGCUGUGGAAACAGAUUCAAGCGGACGCUAACCCGCAGCAGUUCUACAAAUGGAUCAAAGAAAACGUGGAACCGUCGUGCUACACGGAUGCCGGUUUCAUUACCGCCGUAAUGACAGUUCUUUUGAAGUACAUCAGCCAGGAAUCCCUUAAAUUGUCGGACGACAAGAAGCGCGCGGAAAAGGAAAAGGAAAUCCUCACGAAAUACUGCCCAGUACUCAACGCCUUCUUGAACGGCAACUUCGAUCUGCAGCUAACCGCCAUCUACGCAAUCCAAGUGUAUUGGUAUGGCAUCGGCUUCCCCAAGGGCGUACUUUUGCGGUGGUUCCAGGAGUUGUACGAGCUGAGCGUAAUCGAGGAGGAUGCGUUCUUGCAGUACAAGGAAGACGUAAACGAUAUUUAUCCCGGCAAGGGCAAGGCACUAUUCCAAGUCAACCAGUGGCUCACAUGGCUGGCCGAAGCCGAGGAUGAAGACGACGAGGAGGAGGACUAGAUACGGGCGCGCCUGGCAGUGGUCACGUAUCGAUGAAACAUAAGUGAAACUCUGUAGUGAAGCUGGUAGCGACGACGAAUGGACCCCGGCAGUUCUUCGAUGAUGAUCCAGCGCGCUGCCAGUACGUUCUGACGACCCUUUAUGAUGAUGAAGAUGAUAUACCUUUGUGUUUUUUAGCAUGAAUAUGUAGGAGGAACAUGUCGUGAUGAUUUCCUCGUCAAAGAACUUGGUACUAGCGAAGGAUGAAAUUUUAUUUUAUUUUACUCAUUUUCGAUACCGAUUUAUUACGAAUUCGUAUGUUGUGUGUAACAUCAGUAAUCAAGCAAGAAGAAACAAGCGAUCAGGUGAAAAUUUCUCAAUCCGAUCGUAUACACGAGCAAAGGUAUUCGAUUUCAUUUUUGAUUAUGUAUUAUCUGAAUAUUUUGGCAGUAUAAUCGUAUUAUAACGAACAAAAAAAAAAACGAAAGCAAAAAAAAUACAGAUUCACCGGAAAACUGUUUUUGUUUACCUUAUAUGUUCCAA